AUGCCUUUACAGCAAUUACCGGUCAUCUCUCUCCGUGCUGACCGAGACGCGCUAGGCAGCUGUAUUCGGGAAGCAUCCCAAGAGACCGGCUUUUUCUACCUCACAGAUCACGGCAUCAGCACUGAUCAAGUAUCGAAAGCGUUCGAGAUGACCGAUGCGCUCUUCUCAGACAGGUCACCUGAAGCGAUGGAAGAAAAGCUAAGGACGCAAGACCGGAUAAAUAAUUCUGGCUACACGGCAUUGAUGCAUGAAAAGCUUGACCCUACCAAGAACACAGCUGGAGACUUGAAAGAGUCAUUUUACGUCAAGAAAUUCGCAUCAGGACAACCACAGCAGCCUCUGCCAUCUUCGUUGCAGUCGCAGGCAGACGAACUUGGUUUAUUUUUUGAAAGCUGUCGCUUGGUGUCGCUCCGUGUCCUGGAAGGCUUUGCGCUGGCCCUUGGACUGUCGCACGACUACUUUGCCCCGCACCAUCAUGCCGAGCUCGAUCGCUUACGUCUGAUCCACUAUCCACCGGCACCGGUCACAUCGCCAGAUUCGAACGGUUCGAUACGGGCGGGAUCUCAUUCAGACUACGGUUCGUGCACCCUCCUUUUCCAGAAAGACGUGGGUGGACUUCAGGUGGACCUAACAAACGGUCACGGUGGUCACUGGAUUGAUGUACCUCCAAAGCCCGGCUGCAUCGUGGUGAACGUCGCGGAUGCAAUGGAGUUCUGGUCUGCGUCCAGAUUCAAGUCGACGCAGCAUCGCGUCGCAAUGCCGCAGAAUGAAAGCCAAACCAGCUCACGGUACUCGAUCGCCUAUUUCUGCCAACCAGAUGAGAAUGCUCGUUUAGAACCUCUCAAAGAGGACUGGCGCAGUGAAAUAGACAAGACGAAGUUUGCCAGUUUGCUGCACAAGGAAGGCAUCACAGGCGGGGAAUAUCUCCAAGCGCGACUUGCUGCAACGUAUUGA